UUCCUUUCUGUCUGAUCCAUCAUGCCGAAGGGAAAGAAGGCUAAGGGGAAGAAGGUGGCACCUGCCCCUUCUGUGGCCAAGAAACAUGAAGCAAAAAAGGUCGUCAACCCCUUGUUUGAGAAGAGGCCCAAGAACUAUGGCAUUGGUCAGGACAUCCAACCGAAACGUGACCUAACACGCUUUGUGAAAUGGCCCCGGUACAUCAGGCUGCAGCGCCAGCGCUCCAUCCUGUACAAACGUCUGAAGGUCCCACCUGCGAUUAACCAGUUUACCCAAGCCCUGGAUCGCCAAACUGCAACACAGCUCUUUAAGCUGGCCCACAAGUACAGGCCUGAGACUAAGCAGGAGAAGAAGCAGCGACUGCUGGCACGUGCUGAACAGAAGGCUGCUGGAAAAGGGGAUGCUCCAACCAAGAGGCCGCCUGUCCUCCGUGCAGGUGUGAACACGGUUACUACUCUGGUGGAGAGUAAGAAAGCUCAGCUGGUCGUCAUUGCUCAUGAUGUGGAUCCCAUUGAGCUGGUGGUGUUCCUGCCCGCGUUGUGCCGCAAGAUGGGCGUGCCCUACUGCAUUGUCAAGGGGAAGGCCAGACUUGGUCGCCUGGUGCACAGAAAAACCUGCACUUCUGUGGCUUUCACACAAACCAACCCUGAGGACAAAGGUGCCCUUGCUAAGCUGGUAGAAGCUAUCAAGACAAACUACAACGACAGAUAUGAUGAGAUCCGUCGUCACUGGGGAGGUGGCAUCAUGGGGCCCAAGUCAACAGCUCGUAUUGCCAAGCUGGAGAAGGCUAAAGCCAAGGAACUGGCUACCAAGCUUGGCUGAAAACGCAGAGCCUGUGUGUUUGUUUAUAAAAAUAAAAUCUCUCAAGGCAA